AUGCUGGUCCUCCUCUCUACUUCUCACAGCACCCCUGAAAAUGAGGAGAACGUGUUUCUGACCAAUAGGGUUAGACAGUGUUGCGGUAUGCGCGAAUCUAUUUCCGGUUGGCUUUAAGUGCGGGAGUUUUUGAGGAGCAUCGAGGAUUACUUGGAAAUAACAACAAAGACAACAAGGUUUGCAUUAAACGUUAAAAACCUGUUAAAUUCAAUGUCUUUGUUUAGAUGUAUCAACAUAAAGUGUUUAGGAACAAGAUUAUCACGGAAACGCGGGGUUUUGCGAAUCAUCCAAGGCUUCAUCAGAAUGAAGGCCAUUUCUAGCAUGCCAUUAGCUAGAUAGCUAGUUAGUAAUGUAGCUAGCUAGUUAGAGUACCUCGUUAGCAAAAUAGUGGAAUUGUUUAGCCAUCAGUUCGCUGGCUUUUGAAAUUGUCUGCCAAUCAUGGAUGCAUGCUUGUUACCUAUUGGCAUUAAGUUCGCUUAACUUCGCUAGCAACUAACAAGUAGUACUAGCCGUUAACUAGGUAGCUAGCUAAAUAUAUAGGAAACGCGUAACUAGCUUCAAUGCAACCAAGAUAGUUUUUACAUUGUGCUGGACUAGCAUAAUGUAAAAACUCUAUUGGUUGCAUCGAAGCUAGGAAAAGCUCUCUCGCCACAUUUUGUUGUAAAAGUCUAACUCUGGCUAGAUUGAUGAGUGUGAACUCUGUAGCUAGCUAACGUUAGUUCGUCGAGCCAGCUUGAAUCUGACAAUAAUCGAUAUAGCUAGCUACCUUACCGUAGUGCUUACCAGAUCGAUUUGAAAACUCACGUGAUUAAGCUAUCGUGUGAUAUGGUGUUUACACGUCAUAUUCAAACAACUGAGACGUUCAGAAAACUGCUUUUGCAAAUACAUUGUUGACGGUCAAAUAAAGGCAUUGCUAUCUUGAUAUAUGUUUUAGGAGUAUACAGGAUACCGUAUUGGCUGGUAGUGACAAGAUAGUUGUGUUCGUGGUCCUCUGUAGCUCAAUUGGUAGAGCAUGGCGCUUGUAACGCCAGGGUAGUGGGUUCGAUCGCCGGGACCACCCACACGUAAAAAUGUAUGCACACAUGACUGUAAGUCGCUUUGGAUAAAAGCGUCUGCUAAAUUGCAUAUUUGAAUGAACUAAAAUGUGGUAGAUGUAUAUAUUGCAUAGAUCAUAUAUCCGGUCCCUACAGAUGCCCCCUAAAGCCCAGGCAGCAGGGAAGGGCAGAGGACCAGCCAAGCGGAAGCUUGCUGAGGAGUUCCCCCCUGGAGAAGUACUAACCGAUACCAGCAAGAAGUCCUGGAAACUGGGAGCCCCUAUCGGACAGGGCGGCUUUGGACUGCUCUAUCUGGGUAAGAGAAGCAUGGCAACAUGGGUGAUAAAACACAUAUGCUAGUUCAUUGAUUGUUCAUUAAUUGAUUAUUGAUCAGGAAUAUUACUGUAUGUCUUGCAUAUGUAUCGCUAGCCCUUUCCCCUAAUAGGUUAAUCUGAGGUCUGUUAUUGUUCUACAGCCGAUGAGAAUACAUCUAAACCAGUUGGAGCUGAUGCCCCAUAUGUAAUUAAAGUGGUAAGACAACUCUGGCUUGAUAAUACAUGCCUUUGUAUAUGAUUGCGUGAUUGUCCUCAGUUCCAUCUCAUGCCUAUACAAGCAAGACAAAGGAGACAUUUAACGUCCUUAGUAUGCCUGUACAGUUAAUGACAAUAUACUCAACAUGUUCAAUCUGACUGCCCUGCAUGACUCCAGGCCUACCUAUGCUGAAUUUACAGUGGGGAAAAAAAGUAUUUAGUCAGCCACCAAUUGUGCAAGUUCUCCCACUUAAAAUGGGAUGGGAGAACUUGGGAAAGAUGGGAAAAGGGGAUGGGAGAGGCCUGUAAUUUUCAUCAUGGGUACACGUCAACUAUGACAGACAAAAUGAGAGAGAAAAAAAUCCAGAAAAUCACAUUGUAGGAUUUUUUAUGAAUUUAUUUGCAAAUUAUGGUGGAAAAUAAGUAUUUUGUCAAUAACAAACGUUUCUCAAUACUUUGUUAUAUACCCUUUGUUGGCAAUGACACAGGUCAAAUGUUUUCUCUAAGUCUUCACAAGGUUUUCACACACUGUUGCUGGUAUUUUGGCCCAUUCCUCCAUGCAGAUCUCCUCUAGAGCAGUGAUGUUUUGGGGCUGUCGCUGGGCAACACGGACUUUCAACUCCCUCCAAAGAUUUUCUAUGGGGUUGAGAUCUGGAGACUGGCUAGGCCACUCCAGGACCUUGAAAUGCUUCUUACGAAGCCACUCCUUCGUUGCCCGGGUGGUGUGUUUGGGAUCAUUGUCAUGCUGAAAGACCCAGCCACGUUUAAUCUUCAAUGCCCUUGCUGAUGGAAGGAGGUUUUCACUCAAAAUCUCACGAUACAUGGCCCCAUUCAUUCUUUCCUUUACAUGGAUCAGUUGUCCUGGUCCCUUUGCAGAAAAACAGCCCCAAAGCAUGAUGUUUCCACCCCCAUGCUUCACAGUAUGUAUGGUGUUCUUUGGAUGCAACUCAGCAUUCUUUGUCCUCCAAACACGAUGAGUUGAGUUUUUACCAAAAAGUUCUAUUUUGGUUUCAUCUGACCUUAUGACAUUCUCCCAAUCCUCUUCUGGAUAAUCCAAAUGCACUCUAGCAAACUUCAGACGGGCCUGGACAUGUACUGGCUUAAGCAGGGGGACACGUCUGGCACUGCAGGAUUUGAGUCCCUGGCGGCGUAGUGUGUUACUGAUGGUAGGCUUUGUUACUUUGGUCCCAGCUCUCUGCAGGUCAUUCACUAGGUCCCCCCGUGUGGUUCUGGGAUUUUUGCUCACCGUUCUUGUGAUCGUUUUGACCCCACGGGGUGAGAUCUUGCGUGGAGCCGCAGAUCGAGGGAGAUUGUCAGUAGUCUUGUAUGUCUUCCAUUUCCUAAUAAUUGCUCCCACAGUUGAUUUCUUCAAACCAAGCUGCUUACCUAUUGCAGAUUCAGUCUUCCCAGCCUGGUGCAGGUCUACAAUUUUGUUUCUGGUGUCCUUUGACAGCUCUUUGGUCUUGGCCGUAGUGGAGUUUGGAGUGUGACUGUUUGAGGUUGUGGACAGGUGUCUUUUAUACUGAUAACAAGUUCAAACAGGUGCCAUUAAUACAGGUAACGAGUGGAGGACAGAGGAGCCUCUUAAAGAAGAAGUUACAGGUCUGUGAGAGCCAGAAAUCUUGCUUGUUUGUAGGUGACCAAACACUUAUUUUCCACCAUAAUUUGCAAAUAAAUUCAUUAAAAAUCCUACAGUGUGAUUUUUUGGAUUUUUUUCUCUCAAUUUGUCUGUCAUAGUUGACGUGUACCUAUGCUGAAAAUUACAGGCCUCUCUCAUCUUUUUAAGUGGGAGAACUUGCACAAUUGGUGGCUGACUAAAUACUUUUUUCCCCCACUGUUUAGUGUUUCCAGAGUAUAACUGUGCUCCUUAUAAUGUAAUCUAAACUGACCCUAAUGGGAUGAAUAAAGCUGUACUGUUUGGUCAACUGUCCUCUCUUUUUUUCUUCAUCAAGGAGCCCAGUGACAACGGACCACUGUUCUCAGAGCUCAAGUUCUACAUGCGAGCUGCCAAGCCGGAUCUAAGUAUGUAUACCAGACACCACUCCCUCCCUCAUGAACACACACACAGUCUCUCAACACUGGAACAAACAAAUACGCGUAAAGAAAUGAGCAACUUUCUUAAUUAAAGAAGUGUAGUUGUAGGGCUAUUUAGUGAGGGCCUCUGUUUCCAACACGGUGCCUUUGGUGCUCCUGUGUUCGCCCCAAGGCCACAACUUUGCAUUUUAUAUCAUAACAAUCCAAAUGUCAAUCUCCCCUGACAAUUAACUGUUGUAUUGCUAAGGAAUGAACACUCAUAUUUUAUUCAUUGGAAUAUGGCGUUGUCUGUUGGUAAAUAUUUGUCCCAGUAGGAGAGUAGUUUACAGCCGGCACUGGUUUGGCCCGCGUGGAAUUACCCUGCUCUUAUUACUUUGAGCACCAAUACCACCAAGUUUUAUUAGCUAGCUACUUGUCAUUAGGCCUUGAAAAUGGAUGCACUCACUAACUGGAAGUCGCUCUGGAUAAGAGCGUCUGCUAAAUGACUAAAAAUGUAAAAUGUUAUGAAGUGUGUUUAGAAUCAUUUGCCUUAUUUUAACUUUUGAAUGGCAGUCGUCUUAGUUUAACCCUUUACAAGUGAACUGCCUUUUAGCGUGUUGUAUCGUGAAAUAUGUUUUAGGCAAGUAUUUUGCCAUUUUUCAUAUCUAGUAUUGUUUAUAUAGUUGUGCUACUCAUUAUUCCAUAAAGAUUAUUGUUUUAUAUUGUAUUUUAGUUCAGAGUUGGAUGACGUCUCGCAAGCUGAAGUAUUUGGGAGUUCCGAAGUACUGGGGGUCUGGACUACAUGAGAAAGGAGGAAAAAGGUAUUGAGUAGUUAAGCAAUAAUACAUGAGAGGCUAUGACAUUUUUAUCAUGGCUUUGACAUGGUCAUAGCCACAAGGUGAAGCCGAUUGGCAUAGACCACCACAGCCAUUAGAAAAAUGUCAUAAUACAUGGCCUCUCAUGUAUUAUUGCUUUUAUACGUUUAUACGGUUACCAGCAUUAAAAAGCUAGAUUAAUUCCCAAACCAUACCGUUUUGGAACUCUAUCACUUUUUUUCUCUCCACAAAAGACAUUGGCAUCUGGUUACUAAGCAACCAUUUUUUGUUUGUCCAGACACAACCAGUCUGUCAAAAGUAGCUGGCUCAUGUCCAAAUUCUCAAACUAAAUGCAUACUUCAAUUGGCAAUGUUUGUUGUCUAGUAUAUCAAGGGCAGGAUCUAAGGCUGGAGUUACAUGAAGAAACUUUCAUUCAAUUUUAGUGGCAGGUUGCAAGUGACAUCUCAAGCAACUUUGCUGUGACGUGAAGCAAUUCGAAACACAAUUAAAAUUGCAUGCAACAGCCAAUCAAAUUGAAGCUGCUUCGUCAUAUUGUUUGAGAAUUCAAAACUCACCCGAUGUCAUAUGCAGCUUUACAUGUGGUUUCACAAAUUAUUUGUUUAUCCAACCGUUUGGUUAUUGUAACAGCAUGGAUAUAGACACAAUGCAGCCUGUACAAAUUAGCUGGCUAGCCAAAUUUACAUUACAAAGCUAGCUAGCAACGAAAUAACCAAGCUAGCAAUGACUUAAGCUACCUAGCUAGCUAGCACAGUUCAUGGUGGACAAUUUCAGUUGAAACUGGUCAAGGAAAGGUUCACUUUGAAAAUGAAAUUUCUUGACUGCCAAACGAUGUACAUAACAAUCUCCCAUUGUCCUAAUGUCUCUUCUUUCAACCUUGAUCGCUGGUUGCGCAGCACUGACCGCUGUGUUAUUGACAUGACAACUGGGUCAGAAUGGAUCAUCUGACAAAGUAUUUGUUUUGAUUGGCUGUAGCUUGCAAGUAGUUGCACAAAGUUGAAAAGUUUCAACUGGAUGCAACCAAGUUGCAGAUGAGUUGCUUAUUAGUUGCAGGGGGGUGUUUCACGAAGCAAUCAAGAAGCAACUCAGUUGCAAGCAACCAAAGUUGUGUGAAAGUUGCUUUGUCUAACUCCAGCCUAACAAUGGGAAUUCCAAACCACCUGUUGUAUAAUGCCUCUUUUUAAAUCUGGUUCUUCCAGUACCUUGACAGCAAUCUCUUUUGAUAUGUCAGCCAUAUAAAUACCUGUGGACCAGUUUGGCACUGGCAUAUUUGACACACCCAUAAAGUUAAGCGGUUGUGCAUGUCAAACCAAUGCCUUACUCCUCCAGCUACAAGCUGAUUGAUUAACAUAAACAGUAUGUUAUUGAGGUGUGUCGAAAAUGGCACCCUAUUCCCUUUAUAGUGCACUACUGUUGACCGGAUGCCAUAUGGCCCUGGUCAAAAGUAGUGCACUAUAUAGGGUGCAAUGGGCCCUGGUCAAAAGUAGUGCACUAUAUAAGGAAUAGGGUGUCAUUUGGAAUGCACCCUGAAUCUCUGAUUCCCUCUGGUUUCUCCCUUCCAGGUACAGGUUCAUGGUGAUGGACCGGUUUGGGGCGGACCUUCAGAAGAAGUUUGAGGAGACUGGAAGGAGGUUCCCCCGAAAACUGGUCCUGCAGCUCGGGCUGAGACUCGUGAGUUUGGUCGUCAUACAACUGCCGAUAGUAGAGCCAAGAAAAAGAACUAACUAAAACAUUGAUAUAUUUAAUUGACGCUAUGAAACAUCUUGGCUGUUUAUUUAAUUUACUUUAUCUUUACAUUUGUCAUUUAUCCAGAGUGACUUAGUUAGUGCAUUCAUCUUAAGAUAGCUAGGUGGGACUAGGGCUGUUACGGUGACUGUAUUACCGCCACACCGGCGGUCACGAGUCAUGACCGCAGUCAAAUUUCACGCGACCGUUUAGUCAUGGUAAUUAGGCUUCGCCAAGCUCUGAUGCUGCUGAUGGUCAUUAGUAGUCUACCAAACUUGCUAACUGCCUGGUACUCAACACUAUUGUCCCUCUAAUCACUCUGACAUCAAUGCAAAUUGAAUCGAAAAUCAAAUCAAACACUUCAUGAGAGCCCAUGAGCUUAUGUUGCACAACAUUUCUAUAGGCUAUGCAAUUGCGUGAGAAAGAGUGAUGGCCUCUAUUAAAAAGAGAAGGAUCCCAUCAGCUUUCUAUAGGCUAGGCCUAGUAUAUUUAUUUCUCAACUUUCCUACCUGGCUGGCAUGAAAAUGAACCACGGGAAAAGCGCCCUCCAUUCACUAUUUAAGUGCAUAGAUUACAUGUAUUUUUCCCGCUACCCCUGUUUUGAGACAGGUGCAUGAUAAUGAUCCAUUCUAAAUCAAAACAAAUUUCACACUUAGAGUAUUUAGUAUAUGUAUAGAAAAGAUUAAAUCAAGAAUAGUGUGAUGGGUGACAAUAUUAGCCUAUCACUUGUGAAUUAUAUAUUAUCACUUGUGAAUGAUGCCCAGAUUAAGGCAAGAAACAGUGCAUGCUUUUUUUUGCGUGACUUUUUCAAAUCAUAGUCGCACACCUCGUAGCCUGGCCUAUAUGUUUUGAUAAGAUUUUUUGUAUCACAACUAAAGUGGCCAAAUAACUUCUUUAAAUGAAGCACAGUAAUCUGCUUUACAACAGGUAGAGAGCCUAACUGGCAUACAUACGCAGCGCGUAAGUUUCAAGUUUGGGGAAGAUAAUUUUCACCAUAAAAAAGGCACCUUUAUAAAAAAGCAUUACAUGCCUAAAUGCAUUUGUGGUCACUUUUGAUAAUGGUGUUUUCCGCUAAUGGAACAUUCAUGCUUAUAGCCUACUGCCGUGUGCGCAUUGCUGCGCUUAUAAUGUGAAGAAAUAGCCUAAUAGUUUAUCAACAUUUUAAGCUAAACAUUCUCAUCUGUUGCGUCAGGCUCAUUGCUUAAAACAGGUUUUUUGAUGCUAGUGGUUGUAUUAAUUUGGGAUCUAUCGCAUCCCACAACAGUCCCAGCCUAUGUUUGGAAUAUUUAUUUCUCGCACAGAAUAGAAUAUAUCAACUUUUGUGCUAUGGGGGAUAGUAGAUUUACAUAGGCUAGUGCUUUUGUUGUUCGUUAGGCCAACUCAUCUCGUGGGCUAACAAAAAGUAAAUGUGGACAGUUCUUCCAAUAUCUUCAAUAUGCGCCUUGGAAUUGGAUAAGGACGCGCGCAGUUGCGUCCCUGAUGUCUGUCUUCACUUUUAGCCUGUGAGAAAGACCCGACCGCGUGAUAUAUUCAGCCCAAGGGCACAACGACCACUGGCCGCAAAAGGCAAGGAUUUUUUUCCGGGGUCAUUACGGCCACACAAAGGAGAUGCAGCUGAGAAUUUUGAGGCAUUAUCAAGUGCUUGUCAAAUAGUGAAUGAGAGACUGAUGAAGUGUGUACAACCUGCGCAAAAAACAAAGCAGAGCUCAUGCCUUUCAUGCGACUUUUUUCAAAUCAUCAUUAGUCGCAUCAUGCAGCCUUCGAAUGUAUUAAAAAUCAAAACAUAUAGCCCAACAUUUGUAUCACAACCUAAAGUUACAUAAAUAACUAAAUUAAGCAUAUAGGAGUACCUGUUUCUUUGUCAACAGCUCAACACAGAAUAGCCGCAUGUUUGGAGACAAUAUCCUUUCUAUUUUAUUCAGCUAUGUUCAAUUGUAUUCUUCAUACUAUAAAAUAACGCCUUGGAAUUCUAAGCAAAUCUCAUCUGCUAAAUGAACUAGUGUAUCCCAACUCCGAGUAUGACAACUCCGAGUAUGCUAUUCUGUUUUUCUGAAAUAGACUACAUUUUCUUCAUAUCAUGUUUCUUUAGACCUGUCUAAAAUAAAUAAUGGAUUUAUUGUGAUGGUGUAGGCUAUAUUACAUGGAUUUGUUACUUUAUUUAAAUGUAGAUAUUCCAAAGGUCUGCAUCAGUGGCUUGUAGGCUAUGGUAAAUGUGUUUAUGUUAAUUAACGGUCAAUUACCGUGAGACCGGCAGUUAUUUGCUUGACAAUCACCGGCUGACAAAAUGUCAUGACCGCCACAGCCCUAGGUGGGACAACCACAUAUCUCAGUCAUAGUAAGUCAAUUUUUCCUUAAUAAAGUAGCUAUCCGCAAAGUUAGUGCUAGUACGUACAUACCCCAACCAGAAGCCAUGGAUUACAGGCAACGUCCGCACUGAGCUAACGGGUAGAGCUGCUGCUUUCAAGGAGUGGGACUCUAACCUGGAAGCAUAUAAGAAAUCCCACUAUGCUCUCAGACGAAACAUCAAACAGGCAAAGUGUCAAUACAUGACUAAGAACGAAUCGUACUACACCGGCUCCGACGCUCGUCGGAUGUGGCAGGGCUUGCAAACUAUUACAGACUAAAAAGGCAGGCACAGCCGCGAGCUGCCCAGUGACACGAGUCUACCAGACGAGCUAAAUUACUUCUAUCCUCGCUUCGAGGCAAGUAACACUGAAACAUGCAUGAGAGCAUCAGCUGUUCCGGACGACUGUGUGAUCACGCUCUCCGUAGCCGAUGUGAGUAAGACCUUUAAACAGGUCAACAUUCACAAGGCCGCAGGGCCAGACGGAUUACCAGGACGUGUACUCCAAGCAUGCGCUGACCAACUGGCAAGUGUCUUCACUGACAUUUUCAACCCCUCCCUGUCUGAGUCUGUAAUACCAACAUGUUUCAAGCAGACCACCAUAGUCCCUGUGCCCAAGAACACUAAGGUAACCUGCCUAAAUGACUACCGGCCCGUAGCACUCACGUCUGUAGCCAUGAAGUGCUUUGAAAGGCUGGUCAUGGCUCACAUCAACACCAUUAUCCCAGAAACCCUAGACCCACUCCAAUUUGCAUACCACCCCAACAGAUCCACAGAUGAUGCAAUCUCUAUUGCACUCCACACUGCCAUUUCACACCUGGACAAAAUGAACACCUAUGUGAGAAUGCUAUUCAUUGACUACAGCUCAGCGUUCAACACCAUAGUACCCUCAAAGCUCAUCACCAAGCUAAGGACCCUGGGACUAAACACCUCCCUCUGCAACUGGAUCCUGGACUUCCUGACCGGCCGCCCCCCAGGUGUUAAGGGUAGGUAACAACACACGCUGAUCCUCAACACGGGGGCCCCUCAGGGGUUUGUGCUCAGUCCCCUCCUGUACUCCCUGUUCAAUCAUGACUGCAUGGCCAAGCACGACUCCAACACCAUCAUUAAGUUUGCCAAUGACACAACAGUGGUAGGCCUGAUCACCGACAACGAUGAGACAGCUUAUAGGGAGGAAGUCAGAGACCUGGCCGUGUGGUGCCAGGACAACAACCUCUCCCUCAACGUGAUCAAGACAAAGGAGAUGAUUGUGGACUACAGGAAAAAGAAGAGGACCGAGCACGCCCCCAUUCUCAUCAACGGGGCUGUAGUGGAACAGGUUGAGAGCUUCAAGUUCCUUGGUGUCCACAUCACCAACAAACUAACAUGGUCCAAGCACAUCAAGACAGUCGUGAAGAGGGCACGACAAAACCUAUUCCUCCUCGGGAGACUGAAAAUAUUUGGCAUGGGUCCUCAGAUCCUCAAAAGGUUCUACAGCUGCACCAUCGAGAGCAUCUUGACUGGUUGCAUCACUGCCUGGUAUGGCAACUGCUCGGCCUCCGACCGCAAGGCACUACAGAGGGUAGUGCGUACAACCCAGUACAUCACUGGGGCCAAGCUUCCUGCCAUCCAGGACCUCUAUACCAGGCGGUGUCAGAGGAAGGCCCUAAAAAUUGUCAAAGACUCCAGCCACCCUAGUCAUAGACUGUUCUCUCUUCUACCGCACGGUAAGCGGGGACCGGAGCGCCAAGUCUAGGUCCAAGAGGCUUCUAAACAGCUUCUACCCCAAGCCAUAAGACUGCUGAACAUCUAAUCAAAUGGCUACCCAGAAUAUUUGCAUUGGAGCGAGGCACUGCUUUGAUGUUUGCAGAGAACGAACGGGUGCUGUCCAGGUUCACGCCAAGGUUAUUUGCACUCUGGGAGUGGGACACUGUGGAGUUGUAAACCAUGAUGGAGAGGUUUUGGAGCGGGCAGGCCUUCCCUGGGAAGAAGAGCAGCUCCGCGUUGUUGAGCUUGAGGUGUUGGGCCGACAUCCAAGCUGAGAUAUCUGCCAGGCACGCAGAUAUCUUUAGUGUUCAACAUAUUGUUUGCCUCUGUAUUAUCUCAGUAAAUAAUGUGUUUGAUAUUUAUGUUGCCCUUUGUUCUCCCCUCUCUUGUGUAGCUUGACAUUCUGGAGUACAUCCAUGAGCAUGAGUAUGUUCACGCUGACAUCAAAGCCUCCAACCUCCUCCUCAGCCACAACAACCCCAAUCAGGUCAGUGGCUGUCUUUUCUGUAGAUAUAGGCCUAGAGUUGUUGUAUUAUCUAUGGUCCUUACCUGCCUGUCAUUCACUCUGCAUUGACCGGGCACAUAGGCCUACAGGUGCACAUUUUUGGUCUAGCCCAGUAUUUACACACCCGAUUCAGCUAAUUCUUAAGCCAUGGCUUGAUGAUAAGUUUAGUUGAAUCAGGUGAGUUAGAACCCCAGAAAUUUAGCUUUUUGUCCUGAAAUGGCUGGCAUCAAUGCUAUGCUAAUCAGGUUAGAACUAACCAUGUCAGGGCUAUAUGGCUAGCUAGCUAUGUGCUUUGUAUGUGUGUAGCAGUGGAGGCUGCUGAGGGGAGAACAGCUCAUAAUAAUGGCCAGAAUGAAGUGAAUGGAAUGGUAUCAAACACAUGGUUUUGAUAUGUACCAUGUAGCUCAGUUUGUAGAGCAUGGCGCUUGCAACGCCAGGGUUGUGGGUUCGUUUCCCACGGGGGGCCAGUAUGAAAAUGUAUGCACUAACUGUAAUUCGCUCUAGAUAGGAGCGUCUGCUAAAAUGACUAAAAUGUAAAAAAAAAUAUUUGAUACCAUUCCAUAUACUCCGUUCCAGACAUUAUUAUGAGCCGUCCUCCCCUCAGCAGCCUCCACUGGUGUGUAGUGACUAGCAAUGCUACCGUACCUGUAGACUUCCAGGCAAUGCUAAUUUGCAUUGGCUCGCGAAACUACUGCUAACUUCCUUUAUACUGCAUGCAGAGACAUAUAAAUGCCAGAAUCUAGCAGUAUCCCUUUAAAAGGGAGAGGCCUAUUUCCCAGUCUGUGUAGGAUCUCAAAUGGUUGUCUCUACCUCUUGAGUUGAAGUAAUGCCUUUGACCUGAUAUGUAAAUUGAACAAACAUUGGAUAUAUUUAUUUAUUUGAUUAUGCUGCUGCCGCUGGUUCAUUAGAUUCAAUUCAACAUUAGAGACAGAAAAGAGGGGGGGGGGGGGGGGGGGGGGUUCUUCAUUCUUCUCUAAACAGGGCAGAGAUUAGAUGGUGGCUAAGAGCUCUUUCAAGCAAACAAGGUGGGGGCAGGGGCAAAUAUGUAAUUUAGAGAUUAAUAAUGUUUCCGUGGUGUGUUAUUAAAGUGCUAUUUUUUAAUUACAAUUUAGAAAGUGACCCCUUGGGAGUCUCAGGGUUAGCUCUCUCUCUCUAUCUGCCUGCUCCCUGCCUGCAUUUAUUGGAAACAUUUAUUAGACUUUCUGGGAGCUGAGGAUUUGAGCAGGGAGGGAGGGAGCUGUAGUUUACUGUAACUAUGCUUUGUAAAGUAUGCGUUAUUGUUAUAGUCCAGACGAUAUGUGGAAAAACAUGUUUUCAUAAAAGCAUGAAACUUGGUACACAUGUACAGUUUAUUAGUAGUAAUUUAGUUACAGGCCACAUCAUGUUAAGUAUACUCACUCAUUUGGUUGGCUGUGUGUCAGUGUGUGCAUGCAUGAAUUUGUCUGUUUUGUUUGCAAACCUCUAGGUUUACUUAGUAGAUUAUGGGCUGGCCUAUAGGUACUCUCCCGAAGGAGUGCUGAAGGAGUACAAAGAAGACCCUAAGAGGUGCCACGACGGGACCAUCGAGUUCACCUCCAUCGAUGCACACAAAGGAGUCUGUAAGUACAGCACACCUCUCAUUGAGCCAAGCUAGGGGUACGUUCAGUUGGGAGUAAAUGGAAGAAACCCUUCUGUUUUUCAAAAUAAAAAGGUAACCUGAUUAGGGCGGUCACCCACAGUGCUCAGAAUGACAGAAAUCACAUUUAGAUUAUGGUAAUUCAUCUUAACAGAACAUGCAAGUCGAGGAUGCAAUGAUGUGUGUCGUUACCGCACACUUUGAAGAUGUUAGAAUAACUGUCCACAUUUACUUUUCCUCAACCAAGACGAGUAACUAACAGCCUAUGCGUAGGCGGAGCGUGAUUUUAAAGUUUGGGGAAGCAUAUUUUCACAAUAAAAAUGCACCUUUAUAAUAAAGCAUUCCAUGCAUCAUCGCAUUUGUAGACUUAUAUAAGAUAACCUACUAUUCCUAAUGUGAUGAGUAGAUUGGAUAUUCAUAAUUUAGGCUAAUAAUAUAACUCAAUCACUGUUUGCAUGGCUCAGCGUAUAAUGUAAAGGCCUGUGCUUUAGGCUAUAUUAGAUAUGUUUCUUCUUUCUUUGCAUGGGGAAAACACAUUUCAUACAAUUCUACUACACUUUAUAUGACUGGAGACAUUGGUAGAAUCUUUUUUAAUACAACAAAUUACAGGGUAGCCUACUCUGCUGACACGGACAAACAGAUCAAUAAAAUCAACGUUGUCCAUAUAAUAGGCCUACGAGAACGGGAGACACAAAUAGAAUAUGACGUCCAUAUAAACUGGAGGAGGAAAUUAUUGUCCAAAAACAAACUUAUGUGGCACUGACCCGACUGAUAAAGAGUGAGUAUGCGCAGUGCGCACUCACCGGGCAUAUGGCCGAUGCUCUCCGCUGGUGCCAGUAAGAUAGACUACAGGGUUACUCUUGUUCGCUCAAUUAAGUUGAGUAUUUUGAUAAGUAUAAAAGCCAGAUUAGUCUUUUCAUUGUCGUCUCUUUACAGCAAUAGCCAUUUGCUUUCCAAACUAUGUUUCGUGAGAUUUAAUUUUGAUAUGUUGCGAUAUGCCUGGCUGGGCCUCUGCUUUUCACUGACAGUCACAACUCAACCUCCAUCUAUUUGGUAUUUGCAGCACCCGCUGCCCAAAUUGCGUGCAUUGCCUUUCCUUCUGACUGUAGGCAAUGCGAUUUAAAACGAUCCACAACUUACAUUUUUUAAGACUAGGGGAAGCUAAUGAUCGUCUGUGGCCAAAUCAUGCUUUAUUAGCCUAUUGUGAAUGUGAUUUAUUUAUGUAUAGGCAGGAGUAGGAUAAUUAGGCUAUAUCAUUUUGCCACUUUCAUUCAAUUUACUUAGGGAAAGCUUCCCCUAGCCUUAUGGACGCUCUGCCAAUGAGUCUAUGUCAAUCUACUAUCCCCCAUAGUAGAAAAGUUGACCUAUUCUAUUGGUCAGCUUGUCGAGAAAGAAAUCGCCAAAACAGACUCUGGGACAGUUGUGGGACAAUAGAUCCCAAAUUCAUACAACCAGUAGGCCUAGGCUACAUUAAAAAAACAACAACAUAAAAAGCAAUGAAUCAACAGAUCAGAACGUUUAGCUUAAAAUGUUAACAUUAGGCUAUUAGCACAGCAAUGUGAAUAAGGUCGUAGGCUACGUGUGAAUGUUCAUUUGGCUACCGGACAAUGAAAGAAAGUUGGAAACCAAUAGAACAUGAGGGAAAUAGGCUACUGGUUUCAAUGGCAUAUGGAAGUCUUUAAAAAAUAAUUGCCUCCACGGAUAUGGUUGGAUUUAGCAUAGGCUACUUUGAAACAAGGCAAAACAUGCCUCAUAAUAUUUAGUAAAACGUUCAGGUUUCAAACAAUUAAUUAGCUAUAUGUUUUCAAAAUGCAUACUGCCUCCAGCUCAUUGCAGAGUGGUGCAUGGCGUGCUGAUGAAGCCUGCCUUUCUUUGCCUAUGCAUUUGAAUGGCGAAUGGGAAGGCCGCUACAAUUACCAGGUGAGAAAUGGAAAAAAGUAGCUUUUAGAAUUGCAUUUAGAAUUGUUGUGCAAUGAUUGGGCUUAUAAAAGCCCUGUCUGACAGAUUUUCCACUCAAAGGCUCUGUAUCUGUAUGCUGUAAGUGUGUGAUAAAUAAGAUGCAGAAAGAAUAUACACGCGCUAGUUUAAUUCCACAAAAUUAUCAAAAUUAAGCCAUAUACCGAUAAGCAUGGCCAGUCAAAUGUAUUUACAUCAAUUAAUAAGUUAAAAAGUAUUAUUUCACAAUGGGAUUUUUUUUCUUUCUCCUGGACAAUUGGCCGGUGCCAAUUUAUUUAUGGACUUUAAAAAUGCUAUUACCGGCUAACGAAAACCCUGCCGCCAAUGUAUCAGUAGGAUCUCAAAAUGUAUCUGUUGAUCAGUUCAGUUGUGAAAGUAAUGGUAACAAAACUCACUGUGGCAAUGAACAGUUCAAAGCAGUGGGUAACCGUCCCUAUCGCCUCGGGUGACCACAACAUUGGCUGUCAUUUUAAUUUCCUGCCGAUUCUACAUGUUUAAUGGCCGGUGUUGGUUGACACCCAGCAGGUGAGCGCUACAACUGAAUGGAGGAGUUGUAGCGCCCCCAGUCCCUCAUCCCCCUCUCCCUGUAAUUCUCUGCACUAUGAUGAAGUCAGUUCUCCAUAAUUCUUUGUCCGAUGUAUGUGCUUCUUGAUUUUUAACCACUGUUAACCGGUAUCUAACUCAGGUAAACUACUGUCAUCAAUACUCACAGGAUUAUCUCUAAAGAGUACCGUUGUGUUGUUGGCUUGCUGAUCAUAUGUUGUACGUUUUAUAUCAUUUUGUCUUUUCAGAUUUCACGUCCUUUUGUCCUAAAUGUUGACAGAAUGAUGUUAUUUUUAUCCAAGUUAUUAUACUCAUACAGUGCAGGUUAAGUCAUUUUACAAUUGUGGUUCUCUAAUUAUUUUGCUGCCAAAUUGUCUCCUUAAAACCUGUGUCCUUGCAGUGUUACUUGUACAUGGGGCGGCAGGUAGCUUAGUGGCUAAGAGCGUUGUGCCAGUAACCGAAAGGUCGCUGGUUCUAAUCCCUGAGCCGACUAGCUGAAAAAUCUGUCUGUGCCAUUGAGCAAGGCACUUAACCCUAAUUGCUCCUGUAAGUCGCUCUGGAUAAGAGCGUCUGCUAAAUGACUAAAAUGUAAAUGUAAAUGUAAACACACCGCAGCCAACUGCUGCUUUAAACCCUUCAUCUGCACGGUGUUGUCGUCUGUCUGCAGCUCCCUGUAGAAGGAGUGAUCUGGAGAUCCUAGGGUACUGUAUGGUGCAGUGGCUCUGUACUAAACUGCCCUGGGAAGACAAGCUGCAGGACCCCGUCUAUGUCAGAGACGCAAAACUACAGUAAGAUGUCACACACACACACCUGCGUGCGCAUAACACACACAAUAAACACACACACACACACAAAGGUUUUUGAGUUGAGAUCCUAACUUUGUCAUUCACAGAUGCAGGGAUAACGUGUCAGAAUUCAUGUCCAAGUGUUUCCCCUCACAAGACAAGCCAGGUGAGAGAGACACAAAUGCUACAUUUCUUUGAAUUAAGUUUUCUACUUUGAAUAGGCCUUGUAUGUUGAGCACACGUCUAUUCGUCUUCGUGUGGAUGUUGUCAAUUUUGCAGUGGAGAUUUGAGGAGCUGUUAGGCCAGUGGCGUUCUAGUUACGCCAUUAGCACUAGCUGCUGCUUCACUGACAAACUGGUGCACACGCACACGCACACGCACUAUGUGGUCCUUGAGAACCUGGGUUGUUGUUCUCAGCACAUGACAUCCCCUGCUCCGUUCCCAGCCCUAAUUGAACUGAAGCGCAUCCACACACGCAGCAGAGAGGAGUGGCUGUUCUCUCCAUAAUAAGGGUCCCUGUUGAUCUCCUCAUAAUGAGUGCUAAUUCAUUAGCCCCACCGCUAAUUCUCUGACCGCAACAAAACUUUCCACUUUAACUUUGUUGUGAACUAAGGUGUGAUGGGUGCAUUCGUGUGAAGCAUAGGUUAGAGGCAAUACAGAGGAGGGCAAGAGUGUUCGCUAAAGUUUGCUAGCCUUUUGGUGUGACAACACUUCAGAUAUUUUGUAGACCUAUAUGAACUCUUAGUUUUCUUUGUUGAAAGAUUUGUGGGCCAUUCAAAUGGUAUUGAGGCCUGCAGAUUUGACUUCACUCUAAAAACCGUUAACUUUACAAUAUGGACUAGGGGGCCUUCAAUCUGAAGGAGGAACAGUAAAAAAAAAAACGUUGACUUGGACAGUUUAACAAGCCAUUUAAUUGCUUCGUCUCCACCUCUCCUCUGAUCCCUCUGUGGCAGUGCCCGCUCUGUGGCCGCCGUGUGACAGAAGGAGAGAUUUCUCCGCGGGCUGUUGUCUUGUGGUACAGCCCCACGCUACGCAUCUCAACAGCCCAGAGAUAGAGGAGACGGGAGUGGAGCCGCCGUGGUUCUGUUGUGUCCAACAUCAUCACUAAUUCUGUUUGGUGUGACUUAUUUUAGCUAGCGCCCAGACUGUAAACAACAGUUUGGGAGAGACGGAGCAGAAGGAACGGGGACUGACGCACCGUGCCCCUUCCUUUCCUCUCGCUCUUCCCCCUUUUCUUCUCACUCACUCACUCACUCACACACACACACAAAUCCGUAAACAUGGGUACCCUCAUAGAUAUCAUCCUGACUAACAUACCCUCUAAAUACACCUCAGCUGUCUUCAACCAGGAUCUCAGCGAUCACUGCCUUAUUGCCUGCGUCCGUAACGGGUCCGCGGUCAAACGACCACCCCUCAUCACUGUCAAACGCUCCCUAAAACACUUUAGCGAGCAGGCCUUCCUAAUUGACCUGGCCCAGGUAUCCUGGAUGGAUAUAGAUCUCAUUCCGUCAGUAGAGGAUGCCUGGUUGUUCCUUAAAAGUAAUUUCCUCUCAAUCUUAAAUAAACAUGCCCCAUUCAAAAAAUACAGAACUAAGAACCGAUAUAGCCCCUGGUUCUCCUCAGACUUGACUGCCCUUGACCAGCACAAAAACAUCCUGUGGCGUACUGCAUUAGCAUCAAAUAGCCCCCGCGAUAUGCAACUUUUCAGGGAAGUUAGGAACCAAUAUACACAAGCAGUCAGGAAAGCAAAGGCAAACUUUUUCAAACAGAAAUUUGCAUCCUGUAGCACUAACUCCAAAAAGUUUUGGGACACUGUAAAGUCCAUGGAGAAUAAGAGCACUUCCUCCCAGUUGCCCACUGCACUGAGGCUAGGAAACACUAUCACCACCGAUAAAUCUACAAUAAUCGAGAAUUUCAACAAGCAUUUUGCUACAGCUGGCCAUGCUUUCCAUCUGGCUACCACUACCCCGGCCACCAACUCUGCACCCUCCGCUGAAACUUGCCCAUGCCCCCCCCCGCUUCUCCUUCACACAAAUUCAGACAGCUGACGUUUUGAAAGAGCUGCAAAAUCUGGACCCCUACAAAUCAGCUGGGCUAGACAAUCUGGACCUCUCUUUCAUAACGUCUGAGAUCCCCAGAGAUUGGAAAGCUGCCGCGGUCAUCCCCCUCUUCAAAGGGGGUGACACUCUAGAUCCAAACUGCUACAGACCUAUAUCCAUCCUGCCCUGCCUUUCGAAAGUAUUUGAAAGCCAAGUUAACAAACAGAUCACCGACCAUUUCGAAUACCACCGUACCUUCUCCGCUAUGCAAUCCGGUUUCCGAGCUGGUCAUGGGUGCACUUCAGCCACGCUCAAGGUCCUUAACGAUAUUAUAACCGCGAUUGAUAAUAGACAGUACUGUGCAGCCGUCUUCAUCGACCUGGCCAAGGCUUUCGACUCUGUCAACCACCGCAUUCUUAUUGGCAGACUAAAUAGCCUUGGUUUCUCAAAUGACUGCCUCGCCUGGUUCACCAACUACUUCUCAGAUAGAGUUCAGUGUGUCAAAUCGGAGGGCCUGUUGUCUGGACCUAUGGCAGUCUCUAUGGGGGUGCCACAGGGUUCAAUUCUUGGGCCGACACUUUUCUCCGUGUAUAUCAAUGAUGUCACUCUUGCUGCUGGUGACUCUCAGAUCCACCUCUACGCAGACGACACCAUUUUGUAUACAUCUGGCCCUUCAUUGGACACUGUGUUAACAAACCUCCAAACGAGCUUCAAUGCCAUACAACACUCCUUCAGUAGCCUCCAACUGCUCUUAAACACUAGUAAAACUAAAUGCAUGCUUUUCAAUCGAACGCUGCUGGCACCCGCCCACCCGACUAGAAUCACCACUCUUGACGGGUCUGACCUAGAGUAUGUGGACAACUACAAAUACCUAGGUGUCUGGUUAGACUGUAAACUCUCCUUCCAGACUCACAUAAAGAAUCUCCAAUCCAAAGUUAAAUCUAGAAUCGGCUUCCUAUUUCGCAACAAAGCCUCCUUCACUCAUGCUGCCAAACAUGCCCUCGUAAAACUGACUAUCCUACCGAUCCUUGACUUCGGCGAUGUCAUUUACAAAAUAGCCUCCAACACUCUACUCAGCAAAUUGGAUGUAGUCUAUCACAGUGCCAUCCGUUUUGUCUCCAAAGCCCCAUACGCUACCCACCACUGUGACCUGUACGCUCUUGUUGGCUGGUCCUCACUACAUGUUCGUCGUCAAACCCACUGGCUCCAGGCCAUCUAUAAAUCACUGCUAGGCAAAUCCUCGCCGUAUCUUAGCUCAUUGGUCACCAUAGCAGCACCCACCCGUAGCCUGCGCUCCAGCAGGUAUAUCUCACUGGUCAUUCCCAAAGCCAACACCUCCUUUGGCCGCCAUUCCUUCCAGUUCUCUGCUGCCAAUGACUGGAACGAAUUGCAAAAAUCUCUGAAGCUGGAGACUCUUAUCUCCCUCACUAACUUUAAGCAUCAGUUGUCAGAGCACCUUACCGAUCACUGCACCUGUACACAGCCCAUCUGAAAUUAGCCCACCCAACUACCUCAUCCCUAUAUUGUUAUUUAUUUUGCUCUUUUGCACCCCAGUAUCUCUAUUUUCACACAAUCUCUUGCACAUCUAGCAUUCCAGUGUUAAUACUAUUGUAAUUAUUUUGCACUAUAGCCUAUUUAUUGCCUUACCUCCAUAACUUGCUACAUUUGCACACACUGUAUAUAUAUUUUCUGUUGUAUUUUUGACUUUAUGUUUUUUUACCCCAUAUGUAACUCUGUUGUUUUUAUCGCACUGCUUUGCUUUAUCUUGGCCAGGUCGCAGUUGUAAAUGAGAACUUGUUCUCAACUGGCUUACCUGGUUAAAUAAAGGUGAAAUAAAUAAAAAACACACACACACACACACAACGUAGCCCCAAGGUCAAAGAGGCAGUGCCGGCUGUGUAAAGAGAGACAGGAGUGGAACAGGAUGGAAAUGUGGUAACAGCUAGAUAACAAACUUUCCAAUCCGUGUGUAGUUUAUGGUCAGUGAGGGUUGAGAAUCUUCACUAGUUGAAUUGGUUUAAUUUCUCUGUAUUGGAUGUUUGUGAUUUUAUCACAAUGUUGUUGGAGCAGAUGGGGAAACAGGUUGAAAUGCAUAUGUAUGCUCAUUGCCUCAUACUAUCGUGUACUAUAUUGAACAGGAGAAUCUCAACCACUCUGCAACUAGCUAGCUAGCUACCUUUAAUUGUGGAUAGGACUCACUUAAAAAGUAUUUUUUACAUUUAAAUGUAACCCUUCCAGUUCUAUUUAUGUGUUAUGAUGCUGGGUGUCAAGUAAAGUCUUACCCUUUUUUGGGUAAGCACCGCAGCUCAUAUACAACUUUAUCUUAAUUUUUGCUUGGUGCUGGGACUCGACCUAAAAUGUAAAUCCAAAAUAUAAAUCCACUCUCUUAUUUUAUUUGUCAUGUUUUAGAUGAACUUCAGAAGUUCAUGGAGGAGGUGAAGACUCUAAGCUACACAGACAAACCGGCCUAUCAGAAGCUCCGGUCCAUUCUGGAGGUGGGGCUUAAGUCAAUUGGCACCAAAGAUGACGACAAGCUGGAGUUCUCCUCAGCGGUCAACAGCAACGGAGCCGGGCCAUCGUCCUCUCCCAAGGUCGGUACAUGCACGCACGCACGCAAAGACAGACGCACACAAAGACUGACACAACCACACACACAUACAAAUGUGUUGCUGUGAGAUCAUUGUAGCCUCUGCAUUUAAAACCUGGCACGCUCCAGACCUUUUUAA